AUGCUCCAAUUGAGCCAUAAACUAGACGGAAGACAUAUCUUGUUAGUGGGAUGCGGUGAAGUAGGAUAUACCAGAGUGUUGAAACUUUUACCGACAGGAUGUAAACUAACAAUUAUAUCCCCAGAAAUCCAUCCCAAAUUAACAGAUCUAGUCAAUAACGAUCAAUAUCAACCAGGCCAGAUCUACAAGUAUUUGGCGAGGAACUUUGAAGAAGAUGAUUUGGUGAUGUACGGUAACAAUCAAGUAAGUAAAGUUGAAGAUUUGAAUAAACCGCUAGGAUUUCAUAUGGUUUUCACUUGUCUUCCGGAUCUAAAAUUGAGCACUCGUAUUUACCAGUUGACAAAAUUGAAACUUGGCAUGGGUACUUUAUGCAACGUUGCAGACCAACCACCAUUAUGUGAUUUUUAUUUUGGAGCAAAUCUCAGGCUAGGAGAUGAAAAUUUCGGUCUAUCAAUUAUGAUCAGCAGUGAGGGAAUGUCUCCCAGGUUCACGGCUUUAUUCAAGAAAGAAUUAUUGUCAAGGUACGGUGAUUAUCCAAUUAAAGAAUGUGUGGGGAAACUAAGUGAGGUUAGGGAAAGGGUAAGAACGACAUCAGAGAAAUAUUUAGACCAGUUCGAUAAUGAUAAUGCUCAGUUAAUUAAAUUCCGCAUGGAAUGGCUAAAGGCAUUAACGGAUAAGAUGGGAAUAGAGUGUUACAAACUCGAUACAGAUAAAGUGAUAAAGCUUUUUGAAGAUAUGAUUAAGACUAAGAGGUUUGAGUUGAAAGACGUUCCAGAAAACUCAAUAAUGUGA